CCAUCCUGAAAGCAAAUAUGCAACUGUAUAUUUCUGGGUUUCAAAUUGACUGUCAAUAUUUCUUAAUUCCAAAAAACAAAAAAUACCUGUCAUAUUAAUACAAAUACUUGAUACAAAUCAAGUAGACACUACUAAAAUUCAAAGGACUGCUUCAUCUGAUGCAAUACAAUACACCAAAUCUGAUCAGCAAGCCAGAUGCCGGGUACUUUUCAGACCUUUUCCGUGGGGUCACUCCUCAGAUAUUGAGACUGGACUUGCAACUUGAGGGGGGCCCCUAGUGGUGCGGGGGCCCUAUGCACAGAAUGGACAGAAUGGAUGCAAACUAUGAGACAAGACCUACAUCACCGACUCCUCUGUGUCUGAGUGAUAGGUCGAGGACCCCACCGCCAUAUUUUGUCUCUGAAGACACAGAUGAGAGGAAUGUAACAUCAGUUACAGCACAAUUCUCUGUUGGUGGACCACAGGCAAAAAUGGUGGAACAUGAACCUGCACUCCCAUCACUGAUCCAGGACUGGGACAAAGAACAUGUGAAAGACUGGCUGAUCUUUAAACUUCGGGUACCACAUAAAAUUGCACAGAAGCUCUAUGACCAAGAGUUGUCAGGAGCUUGCUUGCUCUGCUAUGAAAAACAAGACUUGUUGGAACUGGGUGUUCCACUAGCACCAGCAAUACAAAUCAUACGACAUGUUGAGAAGUUCAGAAGGCAUACAGAGACUUCUGAACCAAAUGUGAGAAUAUCAAGGAGUUAUUAUGAACCAAAAGAAGGUGAAGGGUGGAAAAGUACAGAGAUGCAGUUUGUGUCAGGAAAUGUGGAUGAAUCUUUAGAAACUGAAACAGUGUCAUCUGAUUCAGGAAUUCAAAGUCAAAGCUCCACAUUGCAAAUAUUGCAGGAAGUAAGGACCAAAAUUUGGUCUGUAAUAGAUCAGAAGACAUCAAGUGGCUCACACUUCCAUACCGAAAUAACUGACAAUGCAACAUUUCUACAAUUAAAGAGACCAAUGUGCCAGAUCCGGCCCUUUGACAGAAGCAACCCUUCCGUUUUCUACAUAGAAAAUGACAUUCUUCCUCCUGCAGCUGGUCCAAGUAAUCUUUUGGAACCUGUCCAUGAGUACCAGCUACUGCCUAGUGCAAAUGAAGCCAGUGAAAAAGAGAUCCUAUAUGAAUUCACAAAAGAAGUAUGUUGCUUUGCUGCCAGCUGCAUGAAUUCACGAACCAAUGGCACUAUUCAUUUUGGAGUGAGGAACCAGCCAGGACAGGGACAUGGUGAGGUAGUUGGGCACAAAAUUACCUCUUUCAGUAGAUAUGGUGAGGCAUUUGAGUCAUGUCUGGGUGAAUAUUUUGAAGAAAAGCACAUAAAUGCUGCCAGAAUGUGCAUCAGGCCUCCUAGUUAUAUACAAGUUCACCACCAAGAUGGAACCACUUCUGACAAAUGGGUGAUUGAAGUUGAUGUUAUUCCAAGUUAUUUAGAGAUGCAAGAGAAUAUAAUCUAUACUUUACUGAGUAUUAGAUCAGCAGAAGAAAAGCAACAAAGCAAAACUGAAUGUCUCUUUGUCCGGGAGGGUGCGAGGUCAAUAAAUAUUUUAGCGGAUACUAAUCCUCGGGUAGUCCAAGAGAAGAUCAAAAGUUUAAAUGAUAAAGUCAAGCUCUGGGCCUCAGCACGAAAGAGGGCCGAGGAAAAGGAUGAAAAAUAUCCCUCCCUAGGCAACCAGGGCCAAAGGCUCAAACAGCUGAUAACUCGUGGAAAAGAUGCAUUUGAGAAUUCCCUUCAAGUCAUUGUAGUUACGGACAAAUGCCACUCAAGCCAACUGGAGCACUUGGAUUUUCUGAGAGAGAUGAAGUUGUUUGCAGUACUUGACUUUGACCCAGAGUCUGAUGUGAAUGGAACAUGCAGCUUUUACAAAACAGUACACAUAGCUAAUCUGCACUACCCAUGCAUGUACACCACUCAAGACAGUAUAACUGCAGUCAUGCAAAAGCUGAACUUGUUCAAACAAACAAGUUGGGUUUUCUGCAAUGGGAGAGUGAAUGAAGACAGUGAGACAGACAAACCACUAGGACCUAGUGAAUGGCUUAAAAAACGCUCUGGUGAGAUCAACAACAUGAUUUCAUUGCUUUGCAACCCAGAUUUGCUUUCCAAAGACAGACUCUUGGUGAUAUUCCUUCUUCACUCAGAAGUAACAGACAUCUCAAGCCCCAUUUUGGAGACUUUCUGCGCAAUCUAUCGCACACUGGAAGGGGUCGACAAUAUGGUUUGCAUAUGCAAAGACUGCACCGUAUUUGGAAAAUGGAGGCAGCUGAUAGAGUGUCGAUGUAAGGAGGACAUCACCAGUAAAUGCAUCUAUGAGCUGAAUCUGAAUGAAAUAUCGAGCACCAUUAAAAAGCUUAAAGAGCCUCAAACGCAGUCUUCCAGGAGGUUCUUGCCAUCCACAGGCUCAAGCUCCAUUCUGCUGGAAACAAAGGAUGAAGAGUUGAUGACUGUUUUGGACAUCUUGUGUGAAAAUGAAUGUGAGAACACAGAAAUUGAAACAAAGGAUUCCUUUCAGGAGUUCAAGAAGAAAACAGAAGCAGGUUUUUACAGGGGGGGACAAGUUUCAUGGUGGAACUUUUACCUUUCUGAGAUGAAAGGCAGCCUGCCAUUCAUCAAACGAGACAAGUACAACGAGCUAUAUGACCUGAUAACUCCUACUGAAAGCUACAAUACUCCAUGUGUUAUCAUUAAUCUAUUUCAUCACCCUGGAUGUGGGGGGACAACUCUGGCAAUGCAUGUGCUUUGGAACCUGAGAAGCAAAUUCAGAUGUGCUGUUGUUAAAAACAACAUGGCAACAAAUAGUGAGAUUGCAACUCAAGUCAAAAGCCUGCUGACAUAUGGCAAACAAGAGCAAUCGGCCUUUAUACCUGUUCUCCUUUUGGUGGACAACUGGGAUGAUGUAGAGGACCUAAAGCAGUGCAUCCUUAAUGCUGCCAGUGAUAGGAAGCGACAUCUCAUGGCAAUCAUACUCAACUGUGAGAGAACCAGUUUCCCUGAUGAGAGCACUAGAAAUAGCUGCAUUGCAAAUGUGUCCAUCACCAACAAGUUGUCAAAAAGAGAACAGAGUUUGUUUUCUGAAAAAUUUGAGCAACUCAAGAAUAACCAUGAAAAGCCAGAAACCUUCUAUGCCUUCAUGAUCAUGACAAAAAAUUUCAGUGAGGACUACAUCUCAAAUAUUGUGAGCAACAUUGUCAAAGAUCUUGAUGCAACUUCCCAAAAGGGUAGGCUUUUCUCCUUCCUAGCUUUGCUGAACACCUAUGUCAAUGGAUCCUAUAUGUCACUUUCUCUGUGUGAAGAGUUAGUUGGGAUAAGGAAUGCUCUGCGGAAGCAAGAAACUCUUGCCGAUGAGAUGAAUCCCUAUUCAACAUUGAUGAUCACUUUCACUGUUGAAGAGCAUGGUACCUAUCAAACAGUACGAUUCUUACACCAAAUGAUUGCUAGUAAGUGUCUUGAAGUUCUUACCCAGAAACACAACCUUUCUCGGGCAGAGAUAACUGCAAACAUUUUGCACUGUGACAGACUCUACAAAUCAUGCAUGGGAAAGGAUUUCCUGGUCCAAAACAUUCUUAGCAUGCUCAUCACACGUCACCGAAAACAACAAGGGGAUGACAAAGACACAUUGUUUUCUCCACUGAUUGAAGCCAUACAUGAAGAGGAAGGACCUGACAAAAUCAAAGAAGUCUUAGAAAUGGCCACAUUGAGGUUUGACAAAAGUGCAACACUGCCACAAGCAUUGGCCAGAUAUUACUGCUUGAAAGAGAAAGAAUUCGACUCUGCCCUCAAAUGGGCUUUGGAUGCACGGGAGAAAAUGUCUAAUUCUUACAUUGCAGAUACAGUCGGGCAAGUGUACAAGAGCCACCUCAAAAAGGAAAUUGAAGAUUCUGAGGACAUCACUCCAGAAACACUUGAGAAAUGCAUACAAUUAGCGUCCAGAGCUGUAACUGCAUUCCGGGAUUCACAGGAGCUUGCCAGAAAGGAUGAUCCAUUAGAUGUAUUUGAUAUACACCACAAAAAAAGGCAGAAGUCCUACAACACAUCAGGCUAUGUUGGUGAGACAGAAGUCAUGAUGAGCCUCAUUGAUGUCAUUACAAAGCUACCUGUUUUCAGAGACAGACACAAGAGGGACAAAAUGCUGCAAUUCCUCAAAGGUGGACCAGUGAGCAGUUUAAAUGAUUCAAGCAACUCAUUCAUUAACCAGUUUGUUGCUGUCAUGGCAGACAAUGAGCGAUUUUUGGUCUCUUUGAAGCCAAGGCUUAAGAAAAUCUUCAACUUCUUUGAGAACUACUUCACAUACCUAAAACCUAGGUCACAAGAAAGGGAGACAGUUGAUGAGAGAAACAAACGAAAGAUUUCUGAGUACUUCAAAAAAUACAUAGAAAUCUUUAGGAUUUCAGAGGAAGAAAAAGCAUCUGAAAAAGCCAGCAACCCCAAACUCAGUCUCCAUCAGGAGUUAAUGGACCAGAAGUGCUAUCUGGAAAUGAAACGAGCAGACUCGUUUGCCGGACUUCUGCAGUGCUUGUAUGACAAAGCCCCGGGUGAAAUGGAGCACAUUCUCCAAAAAUGGCAAUUUAUAUCUGACAACUCACCCCGUCGAUGCGUGUCAGAUACAGUCAGCUUCAUCUUGGCAAACAUUGUUCUUCACAGCCUCAAGCCCUCCUGCAAACUCCUGAAAAAAUAUGAGGAGCUGGUCCGUCUUCUCAAUGAGGCACUGCAAGAAGAGGGCACUCAUUCAAAUUUGACAGAGCUGUAUUACCUCUCCAUGUUGCUUUUGUGGCCUGCUCAGGACCAAAGGCUUGAAAGGUCGGCAACAUACAAAAAUAUCAGCAUGUAUGUCACAUCAGCCAAAAAAUCUUUUCAUCGACGCUUCUCUCACAUGUUUCCAGCACGGGCUCCAGUUGCUCAUUUCUUACUUGGGCAAUCAAGUGGACUCAGCCGAGUAGUUUCCAAGAUGAAGCUUGAUCAAAUCCUGAUCAAUGUUUCAGGGCAGCAAGCCUCUUUCAGUGGCCAAAGUCAGCCACAAAAUCUGCACCAUCUGUGGCAGAGUGGUGCAGCCUGGAAUGAGCCAGAGAUCCAGAAGAAGCUGUUGAGGAUUAAAGGAAAGUCUCAAAAUGGUGAAAUAUAUGUUUACUAUCAUGGCAACCUAAAAAUCCCAGUGCGUCCGGUUUACCUGGGUGAUAUUCGAAGUGGAUACAGCCGGGAGGACGUAUCAUUCUACCUUGGAUUCACCAUGGAAGGGCCUGUGGCCUACAACAUUAAGUAUGAAAAUGAGUAAUAUGCAAUUAAAUUGCAAAUUUGAACAGGAGUUUACAUGCAAACACUUAAAUAAAGAGGGUGGGCAAAUAGGACAGAAAUAUUGGAUCUUGCAAUUGAAACACCCACUUUCACAACCCUCUGGACCAAAUGUUUAUUUAUUUUCUGAUAAAAGAAAAAGCUGUGUUAUGUUCUCCAAACCAAUUAGGACAGUGUAUGGGGUGCUUUGUCUUGCUUUGGUAGCAAAAUAGUGGCAUGUUGUCCAUCAUUGAAAUUGAUCACAAGCAAUUCAACACAAGCUCUCAACACUGAGAGUUCACCUUUAGUUUCCUUGGCUACCUGCCCUCACACUUUAUUUUGGAGCACACCAAGAAGAUGUAGUGCUGUGUAUCAAAUUAGACAAAACUAGGAAUAAUAAUAUGUCAUUUUGUAGGGAUAAUAUAACAUCUAUUUAAUACAUUUUGGAUCUGAUACGGCUUUGUGAUUGAUUGCUAAUUGCAUGCUUUUGACAAAUACUGUGUAAUACAUGAUGAGGAUAGCCUAUCUGGUUUAGAGUUGAGUUAAAAUCAUAUUUUCAGUUUUUGUCUAAUUUGACGCAAAGUUUGGCUAAUUAUGUGUUAUUACUAUUACUAUACUACAAUCAACAUGUGUACUUGUAAGAGUUUCUUGUAAAGCCUGUGUUUGGUUUUCCCAACAGUAGAUCUGAACACAAAACAGCAGGCCUUGAGGCAAUCGAACCUAAGAUUUCAGGUGUGCUGUUUCAUUUGCUUAAACUGUACAUAAUGAUAGCAUACAGUUCAUGGUUUUCUCCUAAGAGAACUUCAAAGUUUCAUUUGAAAUCUGUGUAUUUAAAUCAAAAAUUUCCUCACAUAGACCUCAAUAAUGGACAAGUGCCUUUUACUAAGAGAGAAUCUGAGGUCUUUUAAUGACUAUAUCAUUUAAGUCUAUGCUCAGUCACUUUUUAUUCAGUAUGUUUUAUGUUUAUUUUAAAGAAAAUGUUGGAUUUUUUUUUUUUAAAAAUCUUUUUCCAUUAAUUAAUGACUUACAGCAAUGAAAUGCUGUGAUAUUAAGUUAAUCCAUCUUUUUGUCAAGUCUUUAUAUAUUUGAAAAAGUGAAUGGGUUGUUGAGCAUCCUUUGUUGUAUUAUAGUAUAACCAGCAACUCCAAUCUCAUUCUCUGUCAAGAGUUAGUGGACCUAAAUUGCUAUCUGGAAAUACAAUGAGCAGACUUGUUUCUGGUCUCCUGCAGGGUUUGAAUGAUAAAUGCAGGAUGGAAAUGAAUGUGUGUCUGAUACAGUCAACUUUAUAUUGGCAAACAUUGUUCUUCACAGCCUCAAGCCCUUCUGCUGAAAAAAUGUGAGGAUUUGUCCUUUUUUCUCAGUGAGGAACUACAUGAGGAUGGUACUCAUUCAAAUUAUGAUGUUCUGUUUAUUAUGUUUAAUUUUUAAAAUGCAUUACAUUUAUUUUGGAAUAUUGUUAGAUUUCUUUUUUCUUACUGUUGAAUAUUCGUAGAGCUGGAAUUCUCUGGUAUAGAGAUCAGAUUUCUAGAGGUAUGUAUUUGAAAUGAUAUUAUGUAUUGUUGAAUACAGAUGAUUUCUUUUUGUCAAACCUGCAUUAAAAUGCUGAAUGGGUUCUUGACAAGGGUGUAGGUUUGAUUUUGACAUUAGUGAGACAUAGCCAAAAAAAACUGAUGUGGACAUUUCAGCCAGUGUUUAAGAUUGGUAUGGAUCCGUCCAUAUGGUCCAUACACAAUUCUACGCCCAUGUGAAUAAGAGCCAAAAAAUUCCAAAAUUGUUUACGCAACUGCACUAAAAAGGGCCACCUGAGUCUCCUCAGCAGAAUUAGUCUGCUCAUUAUUCCAGCUUCAGGUUUUGGUUAUUCAUACAACACUGUUAGAAACAGUCACAUCACAGGUGGUGGUCAGAAAUGGACUCGUCCAUGCUGGAUGCUAACCUACAUCCACAGUUCCUCAAUGGUUGAGCGCAUGUGCAUUGAGGAGCUUCGAGGUUACAGCUAGUUGAAACCCCUCGGCCAUGGCAGAGUUCCCACCUCUGAAAAAGGGGGGUCUUCCCAUGUGCUCUUAUUGUCUGUGUCUCAAAUGUGCCUAACGUUCAUUGGGAAAUGACAAAACAGGGACUCACUGACACCACUAUUAAACAACACAAUGAAACAACGGUAUGUCCGCCUGCCACAUAUGUAAGGUACUUGCCUGCAGGCUCUAAUUUCAGGGGCGGAAGAUCUCGCGUCGCCUUCUCCCUCCAGUUGCUUCAUUUUUCUAAUAUCCCCAAAAAAAGACCCCAAGAGUACUCAUCUGCAGUCAAGAUGGCCGACAAGGGCACCGCCAUGUAUCCAAUCCAUACCGGAAGUCUCAAGCGGAAGUUAGUUAAUUAACGAGAUAAAACCAAAAUAAAAGCUUAAAAAACACGUACGUUUACACCAUAGACUGUAUGGGUUACACAUAACAUAAUUCUAUGUAUUUUGUACACUUAUAUGUUUAUCGUAACGGCAAAAUUGAUUAGUUAAUUGUCUUGCCAUGACAUUACUCAAGUUAGUUAGAAGCCUAUGAUAAUCACUAAGUUAUAAUAUUUACAUUUCAUGGAUUUAGCUUCCAUGUCAUUAAUGUCAUAUUGUCUCAUUAUGAAUACAAAUGUGAAUAUUAUGUUUGUGUGGUGGUAGGGGGCUUCACACACGCACACACACACACACACACACACACACACA